AACUCUUUCACUUUGGCUUGUAUCGACAAGAGGGCUUUUGUAUAUUCACUUUUCAGAAACCAUUUUCACUUUUCACACCCUGAAACGAAGGUAUAUUAUGAGCAAAGACUUUCUUGCACUCCACUUUGUGCCCACCAAACCAACUCCCCUCAACUACAACCCCGAUCACGCCUCAACCAUGGAUAACUCAUCCGACCACGCGAGCUUCGACGAGCAGCAUGGAUACCAUCGCUUCCACCAACUAGAUGAGUCCAUGUUUCCCGGAGGAAAUAACGAUUUCAAGUCAGAUUUUGCUGUGAGGACUUUGGGAGAGGAGAGAGAUAUCCUGAAUCGUUCUCGUGCGUACCCCCUUCCCAUCUCAUUCCUGCUUGUUGUAGUCCGUGAAUCACUCACUCAUGACAUACUAGCUUCUCCCCCUCCUCCUUCUACCAACUCCGAUGACUGGCGAUACCAUGGCAACAGAGUUUAUACGGGCGAAUCAUUCGUGUAUGCUCCACGUCCUCGUCCGGGAUCAGAGGAAGCGUGGGGUAUGCAACCUUCUGGAACACCUCGAGGUACCAACAUCUCUCAGAACCAGCGUUUCUAGAAGAACCUGCGAACUCCAACACUGGUCUUGGUCCCUCAAAUCGCC